AUGGCCGAAACACUUAUUUCAGAUCUAUUUUUAAGAAAAUUAACGAUGAGCGAAAGCUCUUAUACGACAAAAAAACCGUUAACAUCUUCCGAUUUACAAGAAGAUAUUUUAUCUGAUUUGAAGUACAGUGAUGAGUUAAACACGUGGACGUAUGCGACAAAAAAUAAUCUCGAUCAUCAAUUAGUAAUUGGAUGUAUUCGAAGUAUACAAUCAAUAGGAGAUAUUAUUACUGUUGAACAACAAACAUCAAAAUUUGUAGCACCAACCGAUGAAGGAAAGCUUAUUAUUGAAAAUGGAAGUUACGAAUAUCGGCUAUAUCAAGCUGUACCAGAUACGGGAAUUGAACACGAAGCAUUAAUGCAAUUACCAAAUGCAGCUAUUGGAUUUAAUAAAGCAAUGUCAAAUAAGUGGUUUAAAUUAGAUAAAAGUAUUGUUAGGAAAAAUAAAACGGAUGUAACCGAUGAAGUACAAUCAUUAUUAAAAAGUAUACAAUCAAUGGAAUUGAAAGAUAAUCAAAAGGAAAUUUCAGAUCUAAAAAAGCGAAAAUUAGUUGAAGAUAUUGUUAUUAAUUAUUUGAUAGUAAAAAAGGGACCCGGUUUUACCACUACUGUGACAAAAGGUGAAGCAGACUUAACAGCUGAUAUGAUACAGAAAUUUACUGAAAUGCCAACAAAUAAUUAUGUGGAAAGUAGCUUUUGGAAUUUUGAUGCAUUAUUCACGCCACAACAGCAUCCAGCAAGAGAUGCUCAUGAUACAUUUUUUCUUUCUGAUCCAGCUAAAUCUGUUGAUCUACCGAUGGAAUAUUUAGAAAAAGUAAAACAAGUACAUUCAACUGGUGCAUUCGGUUCAAUUGGAUAUCAAUAUAAUUGGCAAUUGGAAGAAGCACAAAAAAAUGUUCUACGUACUCAUACGACAGCUGUCAGUGCUCGAAUGCUUUAUAAACUUGCACAAAACAAACCAUUCACACCAGCAAAAUAUUUUUCAAUUGAUAAAGUCUUUCGAAAUGAAAAUUUGGAUGCAACACAUUUAGCUGAAUUUCAUCAGAUUGAGGGUUUAGUGGCGGAUUAUAAGUUAACAUUAGGAGAUUUAAUUGGUUUAUUGUACGAAUUUUUCAGAAAAUUAGGAAUGACAAAAUUACGUUUUAAACCAGCAUAUAAUCCUUACACAGAGCCUAGUAUGGAAAUAUUUAGUUAUCAUGAAGGUUUGAAAAAAUGGAUUGAAGUAGGAAACUCUGGUGUUUUUCGCCCUGAAAUGCUUUUGGCAAUGGGUUUUCCAGAAGAAGUAUCAGUAAUUGCAUGGGGUUUGUCGCUUGAAAGACCUACAAUGAUUUUGUACGGAAUUGACAAUAUACGUGAUUUAAUUGGACCAAAAGUCAAUUUAGAAAUGUGUCGAGAAAAUCCUUUAUGUCGCAUUAUGUCUACUUCUGAUGUAUAUGCUGUACGUGGUGGAAAACUUGAACUAAAAGGCAAUGUUUUGAAAAAAAAGAAACAUAAAUCAAAGAAACGAAAACAUGGUGGAAAUGAAAGUGAUGAAGGUGAUGAUGAAGAUUUUGUUAAGCAUGCAGGCUGGUGGCGAACAAAACAGUUUGUUGAUAUACAAGGAAGUAUUGCUAUUGAAUUUGGUGAAAACACAUAUGUUCACUCGUUAGACAAUGGUCUCUUCACUAUCGGACCACCACGUGAUUUUGGUGAUGGACCAGAUCAACGAGAAAUAUUAACAGCUAUUCGUAUUACAGAAAAUAAAAUUGCAUUAAAAUCUGGUUUUGGAAAAUAUGUUGCAGUAAAUAAAAAUGGUUUACUGGUGGGACGUAGUGAUGCAAUUGGACCGGCUGAAUAUUUUGAACCCGUCUUUGAAAAUGGCCAAUUAGCACUGUCAGCUAGUAAUAAUAAAUUUAUACGUGUUAAUGAUGAAGGUGAUUUAAUAGCGACAGAUGAAAAAGCAGCGGAUGAAAAUUUUAUUAAUAUUCGUUCAUGUGCCAAACGUGAACAUAUUAAUGAAAAACGUCGAAAAUUAUUACCAGAAGAAGAACAACCAACGAAUGUGAAAGAUGUUGAAGUAAAUUAUGUGAAAAAAUUUCAAAAAUUUCAAGACAAAAGAAUGCGCGUCAAUCAAGGCGACACGAAAAAUUUAGUCAAAGCAAGAGGAGACGGAACAUUACAUGAAGUACUACUUGACAGACGAGAAGAAAUGAAAUCAGAUCGAUAUUGUAAAUAA